AUGAUCAAUAUUUCUGAUAAGUGUCACGUUCCGCCUGAUCUGCCUCUCGAGACGACAUUGAAUUUAUUUCUUGUCAAUCAUGCAAAUCUUCGAGACACGAAAACAAUGUGCCGCGAAGGAGGAUGCGGAUCGUGCAUUGUAUCCGCCCGCUACAGACACGCCAGCACUGGGAAAAUUGUUAGCUCAGCUGUUAAUUCGUGUCUAACAUUUGUUUAUUCUUGUAAUGGAUGGGAAAUUACUACAGUUUCUGGACUCGGUAAUAAAAAAAGUGGUUACCAUACUUUGCAAACGACUUUAGCAAAGUUUAAUGGAAGCCAAUGUGGUUAUUGUAGCCCUGGAAUGGUUAUGAAUAUGCACAGCAUAAUGGAAGCAAAUGAAAACUUGACUAUGGCAGAAAUUGAAAAUUCGUUUGGUGGUAAUAUUUGUCGCUGUACUGGAUAUCGGCCAAUUCUGGAUGCGUUUAAAUCAUUGGCCACUGAUGCAGAAUGGUCUAUUUUGAACAAAAUACAGGACAUUGAGGAUAUUAAUAAAAAGAAACCCUGCCCAAAAACGGGGCUCGAUUGCUCAGGCAUUUGUGCCGAAAAUAUUAAGAAAACAAUCAAGUAUGAAGUGAAUGAUAUUAUCUGGCACAAAGUUUCAUCAAUAAUCAACGUUCUGAGGCUCUUACGAUUAAAUCGAGGAGUUCCGCUCAUGUUAAUAGCUGGCAACACUUCUCAAGGUGUUUACCGACCAAAAGUAACACCUCAUGUUUAUAUUGACAUCAAUAAUAUUCCUGAGUUGAAACAAUGUUCAGUUGAUAAAAAUAUUAUACUUGGGGCAAAUCUGACUAUAUCAGAAGCGAUGGCAUUUUUGACAGAAGUAUCAGGGAUGGAAGAAUUUAAAUAUGUUCAAGAAAUUGUAGAUCAUUUAGAUUUGGUCGCAAACGUACCUGUGAGAAAUAUGGGCACCCUUGCCGGAAACUUAUCUAUUAAACAUCAACAUAGAGAAUUUCCUUCAGAUCUUUUUGUCAUAUUUGAAGCAGCCGGUGCAUUUAUUAAAAUUGUCAGUACUUUAGCAUCCGAAUCUAUGAUUCUACCCGGUGUAAAAGCAUUCUAUUCGGCCAAAGACAUACCUGGUGAAAACAGCUUUGCGUCGCCAAAAAUGCUUCUAAUGAAUGAUCCCGAAGAAGUGUUCUGCGAAAGCGUUGUAAAAUUUUACGGCCAACCAGUAGGUGUCAUUGUGGCUGAAUCUCUGGCGCUGGCCGAACAUGCUGCCAAGCUGGUUCAUAUAGAAUAUUCUCCUACCACCAAUGGAAAAAAGGCUUAUUAUGAUGUCAGGGAUGUUCUGGCCCAUGAUAACACACCAUCUAGAGUAAAGUUAGAAGAUAGUCAUGAAGCGAAAGAUAAAGGAUCUGAUGUAGCACAUGAAUUUUCUGGUUCUAUGGAUAUGAAUGGUCAAUAUCAUUUUACGAUGGAGACCCAAACGGUUAUUUGUGUUCCAACUGAAGAUGGCAUGGAUGUCUAUCCCUCAAGUCAGGGACCUGAUAAUAUUCAGAUAGCGAUAUCCCAAGUAAUAAAAAUGAAGGAGCAUAAAAUCAAUGUUAAAACAAGGCGUGCUGGUGGGGCUUUUGGUAGUAAAAUUUCAAGAAAUAAUCAAGUUUCAGCAGCUUGCGCUGUCGCUGCAUUUCUUUUAAACACUCCGGUGAGAAUGGUGUUGAGCAUCGAAGAUAAUAUGUAUGCUAUAGGAAAAAGAAAUUGCACAUCCCUUGAUUAUCAGGUUGCUGUGAACAACCAAGGAGUUAUUCAAUAUUUAUCCGCCAGUAUUUACGAAGACUUAGGAUGUUCAUGGAAUGAAAGUGUAGUUUUGUUUGCAACUGAAAUGUUUCAAAACUGUUACGACAACGUCAGAUUUAACUUGGAAGGAUAUGCAGUUUUAACAGAAAAACCGUCAACAACGUGGAUGCGAGCUCCUGGGGCUACUGAAGGUGUAGCAAUGAUAGAAAAUAUUAUGGAACAUAUAGCACAUGUAACAGGAAGAGAUCCUCUUGAUAUUCGAAUUGAAAAUAUGAGAAAGACAGAUAACUUAGUAUAUGAUAUCAUAGAUGAUUUCAGAAAGAAAACAGAUUAUGAUAGACGCAGACACGAGAUUAACGAAUUUAAUGCUAAAAAUCGAUGGCGCAAACGAGGAAUAGCUAUAGUUCCAAUGUAUUUUCCAAUAAUCUACUAUGGAAGAUUGCAAGCUAUGGUUUGCAUUUUUCAUGGAGAUGGAACAGUUGCUGUUAGUCACUCUGGUAUCGAAUGUGGACAAGGCAUCAACACUAAAGUAGCCCAAGUUUGUGCUUAUACAUUAGGCGUAGAGUUAGAUUUAGUUUCUAUAAAACCAAACAGUAAUAUGGAGUCACCAAAUUCAAUGAUUACAGGAGGAUCGGUUACUAGCGAAUCUUGUUGUCUGGCUACCAUUGAAGCUUGUAAGAUAUUACUAGAACGGCUGAAACCAAUCAAAGAAAAGUUAGGUGGAAAUCCAAAGUGGACUGAUUUAAUUGACGAAGCUCAUAAGGAGAUGGUAGAGUUGCAAGCUGUGUAUUCGCAUAAGCCAGAUGUGGUAAAUAAAUCCUAUGAUGUAGGCGGAUUGUCGGCUUGUGAGGUUGAGGUAGAUUUACUUACUGGCAAUGUAUUAUUGCAAAGAGUUGAUAUAAGAGAAGAAACCGGAGAAAGUAUAAGUCCUGAAAUCGACAUUGGGCAGGUGGAGGGAGCCUUUGUGAUGGCUUUAGGACACUGGUUGACCGAAAAAUUAAUUUACGAUAAAACGACCGGAGAACUGAAAACUAACAGAACAUGGAAUUAUAAACCACCUGGAGCUAAGGAUAUACCAGUGGAUUUUCGUGUAGAAUUUACGAUUAAUAAAAAAAAUCCAAAAGGUGUAUUAAGAUCUAAAGCUACUGGAGAACCACCAGCCACAAUGGGUUUCGUAGCAGUGUGCGCCAUAAGGCACGCCUUGCAAUCAGCCAGAAUUGAUGCGAAUGGAGGAAAAACUGACAAAUGGUUUCCAUUAGGUGCUCCGACUACUCCAGAAGAUAUAUUACUUCAUGCAAAUAUUGAUUAUCAGAAAUUCACAAUCUAA